CCCACCCUCUGAUUGUAGCCGGUUUUGUAGCAAAUGUUUAAGCAGUUCCUCAUUCGAGGUCGACUAAAGCUUGACUGUAUCCCGUAAUUCGAGCCCUGAAUAACCAUCAUCUGAAGCUCUGACGAGGUCAUUGGCCCUGCUGCACAGACCUCUGUGUGCGUGUGUGUGUGCGUGUGUGUGUGUGUGUGUGUCUGUGAGCUGUGUGAGACGUCAUCGUCAUCAUCGUCAUGGUGCUAGCCACAUUGAAAGGCCUUGGGAAGCAGCUGCUGAGAGUGAAGGCAGUGGACUGCAGUACGGAGGAAUCACGGCUCUCCCGCUGUUUAAACACAUUUGACCUGGUGGCUCUGGGUGUGGGCAGCACACUUGGAGCGGGUGUGUACGUGUUAGCUGGGGCCGUGGCGCGGGAAAAUGCUGGCCCAGCCAUCGUCCUUUCUUUCCUCAUCGCCGCGCUGGCCUCAGUCAUGGCUGGGCUGUGUUACGCAGAGUUCGGAGCACGUGUCCCCAAGACAGGCUCAGCAUACUUGUACAGCUACGUUACUGUGGGAGAGCUAUGGGCCUUCAUCACAGGCUGGAACCUCAUCCUCUCCUACAUCAUAGGUACUUCCAGUGUAGCUCGAGCAUGGAGCGCCACGUUUGAUGAGCUCAUAGGUAAACAAAUAGAGUUGUUCUGUCGGACGCAUAUGAGCAUGAAUGCUCCCGGAGUUUUAGCCGAGUACCCUGACAUGUUUGCUGUUCUCAUCAUUCUUAUUCUAACUGGGUUGCUGGCAUUUGGUGUGAAGGAGUCAGCCAUGGUGAAUAAGGUCUUCACUUGUGUUAAUGUGCUGGUGUUGAUGUUCGUGGUGGUCUCUGGCUUAAUCAAAGGAAGCCUCAAAAAUUGGGACCUGAAUCCAGAUGAGAUCCUUAACAGCAGCUCUCAUGCGAAUGAAACGCAACCACUGGUAACAGUAGAGAGUCUGGGUGAGGGAGGGUUUAUGCCCUUUGGCUUCACUGGAGUACUGUCAGGCGCUGCUACCUGCUUUUAUGCUUUUGUUGGGUUUGACUGUAUUGCUACUACAGGAGAAGAAGUGAAGAACCCACAGAGGGCCAUUCCCAUUGGCAUAGUAUCCUCGCUCCUCAUCUGCUUCGUGGCCUACUUUGGCGUAUCAGCAGCCCUCACCAUGAUGAUGCCGUACUAUAUGCUGGAUAAGAACAGCCCGCUGCCCGUGGCCUUUAAGUACGUGGGCUGGGAUGGGGCUACAUAUGCUGUGGCCGUUGGGUCACUGUGUGCCCUCUCCACCAGUCUACUAGGCUCCAUGUUUCCAAUGCCCAGAAUUAUAUGGGCCAUGGCUGAGGAUGGGCUACUCUUCAAGUUCUUGGCCAAAAUCAGCGAUAGGUCCAAAACUCCUGUAAUCGCCACUGUAACGUCAGGCAUUGUAGCAGCUGUGAUGGCCUUCCUGUUUGACCUGAAGGAUUUGGUAGAUCUCAUGUCCAUCGGGACACUGCUGGCAUACACUCUAGUGGCUGCGUGUGUCUUGGUUUUAAGGUAUCAGCCAGAGCAGCCCAGUGUGAAUGUACAGUAUCAGAUUGCAAACUCUCAGGAGGAAGCCGAGCCAGACUCCGUCAGUGAGAGCAGCUCACGCUGUCUGGCUGGAGCUCAGGACAGCUGCACUCUCAACAAUCUGCUCUUCCCCAAAAAUACUGAACCGUCCUGCCUCUCUGGCUUUACAGUCAAUGUCUGCACCAGUCUAAUAGGUCUGCUGGUGUGUGUUUUCUGUAUUGUAGCCAUGCAGGGCGGUUUGGAGGUGUGGUCUCUCAGUGUGCUGGGUGUUCUCAUGGGAGUGUGCUUCCUCAUCACUGUGUUAAUCUGGCGGCAGCCUGAGAGCAAAACCAAGCUUUCCUUCAAAGUACCUCUCCUCCCCUUUUUGCCUGUGCUUAGCAUGUUCAUUAAUGUCUACCUGAUGAUGCAGCUGGACAGAGGCACUUGGUGGCGUUUCUUGAUCUGGAUGGUCAUUGGCUUUGUCAUCUAUUUUGCUUAUGGGAUCUGGAACAGUGCAGAGGCUGCCUUGGCCGGGAAUAAUACAGAUGAAGAAGUCAACUCCUUUAAACCAGACUCUAAGACAAAUGAAGGGUCUCAGAAAGGGGCCUUUUACACCGAUUGUGUUGAUCCUACAGUGGAAGACAGCGACCCCUAAAAAUGCACCCGUGCCUUGAACCAUUCGUUUCGCCCAAUUGCAGUGGCUCGACUUGAGUAAUCAACAGGGAAAGCUUAAGCUUAUUGUAGCCACUUGCUAUCAAAGCACCAUGAUUUAAAGGCAUGUUGCUGUGCCAGGUUUACAGCAUUACCAGCUUUAAAGCUGAUUUAAUGUUGUUUUAUGGAUUUGUUUACUGUUCAGUGCUGCAAAAUACGUGCCAUGUUUCUUUUUGCAGUGCUCUUACAUGCAGAUGUACUGUGUGCUCUGUAGCAGUCAGCCAAACGAUUGUUGUUUUUAAAUAUAUUGCCAAAGUAUGUCAUUUGAGCUGUAAGGUGCGCAAGACGGAUAUUUAUGUAUAUUUGGAUUUUGUAGGAGUUUACAGGAAUUGUGUACAUAGGUGUUACGAGUGUGUGUGUGUGUGUGUGUGUGUGUGUGUGUGUUUGUAUAUAUGGGAAUGCUUGCACUCUCUGAUGAUGACGGCAGUUUUUGCUUUCAAUGGUUUUCCUUUAGCAUUAAGAACAACUUUGCACAUCUUCACAUGCAAAUGUCUCUCUGAUAACUACACUUCACUCCACCUGUUCGCAUGCCAUCCAUCCUGAAUUUUUCUGUCAGAUGAGUUCUGUUGUAAAGUGUGAGCUUGCAUUCUUCUAGAUGCAGCUAAACUGUCCAGAACUGCAGAAGAACAAAGGUUUUGUGUGGUAUAUUUAUUACUGUCUGUGAAAUCCAGUGACUGAAUUAGCAGUUCUUAAACCUUUUCAGUCUAAGGCCCCCUUUGUGGGUGGUAAGUGCCCCUGCGUGCUCCCUCUCGCUCCCCCUUGCCCUCCCCUCGCCCCCUCAGGGACCUGGUGGUAGCAGAACUUUGUCCAUUUUGCUGGCUUUUUCCACAGCUACUGCUGACCUGCACAUACAGUGGUCCUGUUCUCUGACAGUACGGGUAACUCAUGGGCAAAGUAUGGCUGUGAAAUGUAAUUAGUUCACAUGUAUUUCAUUUUAAUAAUGUUUAAUAGUAAUAAUAAUAAUAACCAAGAUUUUCUAUGGCCCCUCAGUGGGAUCUUGCAGUACACUGGGCAUAUCUGAAAAGCAUUAUGAAAGCAGCAGUGAGGGGGAAACAAAGAGGGACAAAUUGUAGGCAAAGAAGCAAUUGAUAUUUUUUGUGAAACUCGACUAAUUAUUCUUUAUGCUGUGUAUUUAACAGUGGCGAUGAAUUGCAGUGCCUUUGCGUAGGUCAGUUUCUAUAAUGGUCAAAUAUAUUGCGUGCGUGGUGCUUUAUGACAGCAGUUUUUGUAUUAUGUUGCUUUUGGUUUGGGAUUAGUGUAAUUAUUUAUGUCAAGUUUUUGUUGAGGUGUCUUUGUACGUUUUCAGCUGAGCUCAAGUCCAUUUUCUUCUCCCUGAAUUGGAUCAGUUUGAUUCCAGCAGCUUUUCUUUCUGAAACAUGUCUUGUGUAACAAAUCCAACCUUCAACCUUCAAGUUAAAUGGUUGUUGAAUUUGUAACUUUGUAUAUUUAUAAAUAAGCUUUAUGAUUAAAUCCACCUUACUUGUACUUAUUGUACACAGUAUCUUGGAAUGCUAGUCUAGCAUUAAAAUGCUCCAACCUUCAUAAACUAAACAGAAAACUUGAGACACAGGAGACUCGAGUCAUUUAGGGUAACAUUAUUUAAUUGGUGGAUGAAUAUUAAACUUUAUGUACAAAGAGAAGAACUGUACAUUUCAUGUAUAUAUUUCUGUGUUUCUUUCACAAUAAAUUAUUUCUUUGUAAAAA